AUGAUGAAGAAACUCUUGAACAUGUUCAUUAUGCUUUUCAUUGCAAUGCCAGUUCCUUCACUCUCUGAAAAUCCAACCAACUUCAGUGAGACUUGUGAAGAUGGAAAUGGAGAAACCGGUUCAAGUUUCGGUAUAGGAUUCGGUUUAGUUCUUGAUUUCGGUUUAUACCGGAAUACCUGCCCCGAAGCAGAGUCUAUCGUCUAUUCUUGGGUCGAAACCGCGGUUUUACAAGAUCCAAGAAUGGCUGCUUCUCUUCUCCGUCUUCAUUUCCACGACUGUUUUGUCAAUGCAAGUUUUCCUUAUCUCUCCGAAAUACUUAAUUGCACAAUUGUUUUGGGAUGUGAUGGUUCAGUCUUGUUGGAUGACACAGAAGGACUGGUUGGUGAGAAAACCGCGCCGCCGAAUCUCAAUUCUCUUCGAGGAUUCGAAGUGAUCGAUUCGAUAAAAUCUAAUAUUGAAUCUGUAUGUCCAGAGACUGUCUCAUGCGCAGACAUUCUCGCUAUGGCUGCUAGAGAUUCAGUUGUUGUGUCGGGUGGACCAAAUUGGGAGGUGGAAGUAGGAAGAAAAGACAGUAGAACCGCAAGCAAACAAGCAGCAACGACUAGCUUACCAUCACCAAACUCAACCGUACCAACUCUCAUUUCUAUCUUCCAAAAACUCGGUCUUUCACAAACCGACAUGGUCGCUCUUUCCGGUGGACAUACAUUAGGAAAGGCAAAGUGCACAUCAUUUACAGCUCGGUUGCAACCACUGCAAACUGGACAACCAGCUAACCAAGGAGACAACCUCGAGUUCCUCGAGUCGCUGCAGCAGCUAUGCUCGACCGUGGACCCUACCGUGGCUAUCACUCAACUUGACUUGGUGACACCAUCAACAUUCGACAAUCAGUACUAUGUCAACCUCCUCUCGGGAGAAGGAUUGCUUCCUUCGGACCAAGCUUUAGCGGUUCAGGAUCCAGGGACGAGGUCGAUUGUUGAGAGCUACGCAGCGGAUCAGACGGUUUUCUUUGAGGGUUUUAAGAAGGCUAUGGUUAAAAUGGGAGGGAUAACCGGUGGUAGUGAAGGCGAGAUUAGGAGGAAUUGUAGGAAGAUUAAUUAA